CCAGACAUGCAAAAUUACUUUGUGCAGCCAUAGAUGUGUCUCUCAGCUGCGCUGCCUCUGCAUUCCCUCUUCCAGAUGCUGACAGGCUCCGAAUUGGUGGACAGAGAAAAACAGCUCCUCUCCUAUCUGUAUGGACACUGGAUGGGGGAUGAAUAGCAGCAGAGAAGAAAGAGCAAAGUUGGUUAUUUUUCUGGCACAUGGAUGCAAUUACACGGAGCGCAUUCCAGAGGCGUUACUUUGAAUUGUGAGCAGGUCUGCUUGCCAUUGCCGAGUGGAAAGAAGUGAAAAAGGAAAAGAAAAGUCUCUCUCUCUCAUUCUCUCUCUCUCAGAGACGGAAUGUCUGCACUUUCUAUCCUGAUUCUAGCUUCCUGUUCCACUUGGAUGUCCCAUGCUCAGACAGUAUUUAAAAGGGUGGCUGAAGCAAACGUGACUCUGCCCUGUCACCAUCGGCUGCACAACUUGGAGCCGAAAAGCCUGGACAUCGAAUGGCUGCUAGAAGAUUCUGAAGCUGACCCCAGAGUGGUGAUUACUUAUGCAGGAGGCAAUAUCUACACCUUCCUAACGGAAGAACAAAAGGGUCGUGUUUCAUUUGCCUCCAACUUCCAGGCCGGAGAUGCCUCCUUGGAGAUAUCUUUUCUACAGCCGAGUGACACCGGGCUGUACACGUGCAAAGUGAAAAAUGCUGGGCAGUACGAAUGGACUCGCAUCACUCUGAAGGUUCUGGAGAAACCUUCCAAACCAAAGUGCUGGAAAGAAGGAGAAAUGUCCGAAGGAAAAGAAAUGACUUUGCAGUGCAACUCUGCCUCGGGCACAAAACCCAUAACGUAUAGAUGGAAACGUGUCAUUGAUAAGGAGGGGAAAACUGGGUCCCUUCCGCACACAGCACAAAUCAACUUGUCCAAUUCAGCACAAAUUAUGAUGAAGAAUCUCACAUGGACUGAUUCGGGGUCAUACGAAUGCACUGCCUUCAAUGAAGCAGGACAGGACAGCUGUAUUGUACAGGUGACUGUGCAGUAUGCACGAAAUCUUGGCGUAAUUGCUGGAGCAGCUUGUGGAGCCAUUGCGGUGCCCGCUCUUGUCUUCCUGACUGUGUGGCUGACUAUCAGGAGGAAAGAGAAGAAGAAAUACGAAGAAGAAGAAUCCCCAAACGAAAUCAGAGAAGACGCAGAGGCACCAAAAGCCCGAUUAGUCAAGCCUGGCUCCUCUUCUUCUGGUUCCAGAAGUUCACAUUCGGGUUCCUCUUCUACAAGAUCAACAGCCAACAGCGCUUCCCGCAGCCAACAGACAUUGUCAACAGAGGCUACCCCUCAUAUAACUCCAACACAGCACAGCCAGGUGAAUGCAAAUGGCAGGGAAGCUGAGCCAAAGAAAAUUAACCACACCAACUUGGUGAAAACAGAAGCCACGUCAGCCAUGGUGCCUGCACAGAGUAGGGCUUUCCAGACAGUUUGAUUACUCUGUAUCUGUUCAGAUGUCCAGAAUUCACACUAAUCACCAGCCAUAUACCAUUAGCUUAGUUUAUCUAAAAGCAACUUUUCUCCAACAUUCAAACACUAAACACAGAAUGAAAAGACCCUCACUCUGUAUUCUCUACAUAUUCUUUUUUGAAUACACCUAUAGACUUGAAAAGAGAACUCGCUUUUAGUAAUUUUGCUUCCUUUUUUGCUACUAAUUCUCCAAAGAAUUAGGAAUGUUGAUUUUUUAAAAGCUGGUGUCUGGAACUAAAAAAUUUUAUGAGACACAAAAACCAUAAUAUUCUAACAGAAUUUUGAAGGGGACCAAAUUUUCACAGUUCUAUACGAAAUACAUACGCUCGUGAGAGAUUAUCUUCUCAGCUGUGGCACCAGCUUCACUGAUGAAAUUAUUUUGAUCAGUUUCAAAAGGCACUGACAAUCACUUUUUGCUGAAUUACAUAAAGUAAAAUGUUACAGCACCAAGAGAGAAAUUACUACUUUGAAAGAAUACCAAGCAGCAAUGAGGUUUCCCGGUUCACUGGAGAGAACUUCUUUGGACAUUAGAGGGUAUGUAUAAUUUUUUUUAAGACAUUAGUCCAGCAUGACAAAGGCAAAUUUGUCCUUUGAUCUUCAAAAGCAUUAUCUGCUGCAGUUAAAGGCAUUAUGCAUAUCUUAAUGGACUAUUAGGACAUGAGAGCAGAACAAAAACCUGAAUUUCUUUAAUAUGUUUAAGUUUUCAGUUUUAAAAAAUUAUGAUAGAAAUCUCCAGAGAAAAAAUAUGGAUAGUAUACUUCUCUCCUUUACUCCAGGAAGAGGUACAUGCAGUUUUAGAAUAAAUAUUGCUUUAUUUUUUUUAAAAAAAAAACCACCUCUCCCACACACAGAGAAUAAUGUUAGAUGUUAACUAGAAAGUUUGCUUGUAAGGCAAUUCAUGGCCAUUUUGAAGCAAGUUUUCAGACAUACAAAUAUUACAGGCACUGCAAAGUCAAUUAAAAGCAGCUUAACAACUUGAAAUGUAGAGUUGAUGGGCUGAUGUUAUCAAUGAUAAGAAUUCAGCAAUGUCUCCACAGAAGACAUUUAUAAGAACAUCUGCAGUAUAACACAAUACAAGACAUAUUUUAAUAUGUAUAAAUGGUCUGAUUUAAAGUGUUAAUCAUUCUAUACCUGAUGUACCAUGGAGAUUACUUCAUCACUUUGCUGAGCACUUUGGAAUUGUCACUUUCUGUAAGAAGAUACUCAACUAGUAGUACCACUGGCCUGAUAUAGUAGAACAGUGACUAUUUCAGGAACAUUAGUGGCCCACUGAGAUACUGUCAGUAAAUUGACAGUGAAAUAUUUGGGACAUUACAUGUGGAAGUGAACUUUUUAAAGCAACUUUUAAAAGGGAAGCAGAGGAAAUAACAGGGAAAAUCUUAUGUAGGAGUCUAAAUACAAAAAUACUUGAAGCUGGAAAGACCCAUACCCCAUGCAUAUGCCUGAUUAUCUAAACUAAAUUUUCCCCAUCUCAACCUAGGAGCCCCAUGGUGCAGAGAGGUAAGAUGCAAUACUGCUCUGUUCACAACCCAAGAUCAAUCCCAAAGGAUGUCAGUUUCAAGUAGCCAGCUCAAGGUUGAUAAAAAGCCACCCCCCCGCCCCCACACACACACACACCUGGCACUGGAACAUGCUGCGCAACAUCACAACAGCAUCUCAAGGCCCUUUGCACCACAGCAGGUGGGGGUCAGGGGCGUAACCAGGGGAGGAGCCUGAAUUAAAAGGCUCUCUCCCAGCCUUUGCCAGCGUUCCGCCAGAAGCCCAUCUGUCAAACUUAAACUGCCCUUUUGGGUCCAUUGAGGCCCAUAGAGACUUCUUGGCAGCAGGGAGGCUUUUUGACUGCUGGGAAGCCUCUUUUGGUGCGGUGGCUGGGUGCCUGGCUCGUGGAUGGGGCUGCCCGACUUCCAUCUUUCCAUGGUCAGUAAAAUGAGCACCCAGUUUGCUAAGUGUUGACUGGGGAAGAAAGUGGCAAACCACCCCGUUAACAGUCUUCCUAGUAAAUGCUGUGAAGUCACCCAUGUUCAGUAAUGACCCAGUGCUUGCACAGGGGGACUACUUUUGCCUUUUAUCAACCAAGGAAGUAGCUGGAGAGUCUUAACACAGAGAAAGUUAAACACAGAACAUACGGAUAACUGAAACAAGUAACUUUAGAUAGAGCUAAAUUUAUCAAGUAGAUCAUAAUAACAGUGGUAAAAAAAUUAUGAUUUAUCCUAAACUAUUUCCAGACAAUUCCAAUCAGCAACCUAUUUAGUGCAUAUGCUAGUCUAUAUCUACUGAACUACUCUAAAUUAGAUCCUCUGCUAAGAAUUUUCUAUACAACAUAAUCAUUAUCCACAUUACAUGCACAUGACCCAUGCCCCUACUAUUGGAAAUAGAUUCACCAGCCAAACCUGCCAUUUUAGAUGCUACUGUUUAAGAAACCAUUCCAUGAUAUUAUAGGCAAUAAUUAACUAAAAUUCACAGAUAUUAGACAGAAAAAAUGAACUUUAUAAAUAAAGGAUGGGCACAAGAUUAUUUCAAGACAUCCAGAAUUCACUUGCUAAGGAAUGUAAGUGCAAUGGCUUUUGAAAUCAAUACGACACUAAAAGCUACUUCAGAAGGGAAGCUACACUCAUUUUAUGAGAUACCAAACUUUGUUUUGUAAAAUAUUGUAUUUAAAGCAUUUAAUGUUAUCUUGUAUAUCCAUUACAUUUAGUGUGGUUGCAUACAUCUUCUCUUAUUUUAGUUCCUGAUGGGUAAACUUACAACACCAUUCAAAGUUGAUUUGCAUCCUUCCAACUAAAUCAAUUGAUGCCACAGAAGUAUAAUUCUCCUUAGGAUGGUACUGUAAGUUUACUUCCCUUCUGUCUUCUAUUACUGUGGUACUUGUACUUGGAAUGAGCAAUACAAAAAGGGAAGCAAAUAUUUAUUAUCGAUUCCUUUGAAUCAACAAUUUAGUAAGACUGUUUUGUUGUUCUUUUUAAAUAAAGAUACUGCUGUGCAAAACUGCAGUUUUAAAAAACUCAAAA